AUGGCUGAGACUCUGACACUGCGCAAGAGGGCAGCUCCGCCUUCUGGCACCCCACUGCCUCAGUCUAAGAAGGCUCGUCAAGAUCCUACACCACAAGAGUCUGACGCAGCCUCGAGCUAUUCGCAAUCCGCCUCCGACAGGACUUCUACAGUAGACGAUGAUGCUGCGACCGCCGACACUCCGCCAUCUCCGGCGCCGUCCCAGCCCAAGAAGAAGCCCUUCCGACCGAACAAAUAUCACUGCACUGUGGAUGGCUGCGGAAGGUCUUUCAAUCGCCCAUGUCGCCUCGAGGAACACCUCCGAUCGCAUAACAACGAACGUCCCUUCUCCUGCACAUACGAUGGAUGCGACAAGACCUUCAUUCGCCAGACGCACCUGAAUCGCCAUGUCAGGGAUGAGCACGAGAAUGUUCGAGAGCAUGUUUGCAAUUGGCCGGGCUGUGACAAGACGUUUGCAAAUGCAACCCGGUUGAAGAGACACACUGAAGCCCACGAAAGCAAAUUCCACUGCACCGACUACCCUCCUUGCCGCGAGGUUUUCCGCAAACAUUCUACUUUGCAGAAGCACAUUCGUUCGGCCCACCUGGGCCAGAAGAAAUACCAAUGCCCGCACAUUGAUCCAGACACUGGCAAGCCCUGCGAUCAGGCCUACGACUCUCCUUCAAGUCUGAAGGCUCACGAAGGACGUGUUCAUGGGGGAAUCAAGCACUACUGUACUCAAUGUGCCACUGAUCCUGACAACCCAUUCGAGAGCUCACCCGGCUUUCCGACUUACACAGCCCUGCAGGUCCACGUCAAGGAAGCACAUCCUCCCACGUGCGAACACUGUGACCUUGUUGUGUCCACCUGGAAGCAACUCGAGGCGCAUAUCGAACUCUUUCAUAGCGGCCUCACCCUGGCGGACCGCAAGAAGAAGUUCCCUUGUCCUUAUCCCGAUUGUGAGUCCAGCUUUACGAGGCAAGGGAACCUUAAUAUGCACAUCAGGCAUGCUCACGAGGACGCCGACAAAUGGAUUUGCGGUGAGACGGACAUGAGCAGCAGUAAGAAGGAUCACAUCAAGGAGUGGAAUGGCGAAGGCUGCGGACGCGGUUUCUCUUCCAAAGGUAACCUGGAAGAGCACAUUCAAACGCAACAUCUCGGCAUGAAGGCCACCCGAAAGAAGAAGAAGCCAGCAAAAGACCCCAACGCACCGAAGAAGUCCCGCUCCCGCGAAGCAAAGGUCCCGAUGGCAACCCGUCUCACUGGUAUCGACUACAACGACGCCACUGGUCGCAGAAUUACUUGCUUGUUUGAUGAUUGCGAGAACCGCUUUUACCGCGACUACGAUCUUCAGGUCCAUUUGGAAGCGGUGCAUGGCAUGGAUGGUACAGAGGCGGUGGAAGCUAUCAAAGAACGCGCCGCCGACGAAGGCGGAAACUUCUGGAUUGGCGGUCUGGAUGAAGUUAUGGGACAGCCAAUGGGAGCACACUACGAGUGGGACGAAGAAGAUAUACAAGCACAGCAAGAGCUGGAUCGCAGAGCUGGAAUCUUCAAUGCCGGACCACCGGUGAACGUUCACGCAGCUGGACUCAGUGAUGAGCCACAGCACGGCGAAGUGUACAAUGCUGUCUGGAACUACCUCCAUGACCAGAGCCAGUAG